AUGCAAUAUAAGCAGUUCAUUUGCACAAAUACAAACUUGACCCGCGUAUUAGGUAAAGUUGAUGGCUUGGAACGCUAUGCAGUCAUAUCCAUACUGUAUCUGGAAUCAGAGCUACAAAACUGUGUAUCUAGUGUUUUGCAAAUCACAAACGAAGAUCCCGCUGAAAUUAUCGACACAUUUGAAACCAUUGCAGACUCGGAAAUGUCACAAAACCAGUAUAUUGAAACCGAGCGUCAGGAAAUAUACAACACAGUUGUCGAGGUCAAAGCAGUGAUUGAAGAUAUCAACCGUCAAAAACAAAAAAAUGAGCAAAACUACAAGCCAAAUCAGUCAAUGCACAUUAAAUUGCAUCAGCUAUUAGAGUCAUUACAACGUAGGUUUGACAAGGAUGAAUCGCAGAUAUUGGAAUUGAAAAAAGAUAUUGCAAAUCUGUGUGGUGAUGCCUUGGUCUUAGAUCAGACACACAUUCAAAAUCCAUGGAUAUACAUUGAUGGAAACAUUCAAAGAUUCUCUACCAUCAAAUCUGUUGAUGCGCUUUUAACUGAAAGAUGUCAGCUGGAUUACCAAAAUCUUGUAGAUUGGUAUUAUAAUCAUUUGCACCAAUUGAGUUUGACGUAUGCUCAAGUAAUACAACACAAAUAUGGUGGAUGGACAUCGUCAGAGCAUAGUCGAUAUGAAAAAAUAAAUGAAGAGUAUCCUUGUGAUAUGCGAGGUAGGUCGGCAUUGUUUUACGAUCGUCUUAUUCUCGAGUUUCCAAAACUGAGUUUGCAUAAACUAAAGGAGCAUGAAAUGUGGACCAUAAAGCUGACUGCAUUCAAAAACCACAAGCGUAGUAUUGAAAUAGCGUUUGAGGCUCGCAUGAAGGAAAUCGUUGCAUUAACAGUGAAUCAGUUUAUGGAGGCAAAGCAGAUUUAUCAAGAACAAUCCGCUAUACUUGAGCAAAAAGAGGCUAAUUUGCAAAAAUCUGCAGCAAUUCAAAAUAGAAUAUGCAAAUGGCGCAAUGCACGCAUUCAGCAGUUGAAGAUUGCAGCAGCAAAGCGACAUGCAGAAAUGGAGGCCCAACUAGAGUUAAAUCGCAUUAAAUUUGAACGAGAAGGAUAUCGUCGCGAAUCUGACAAAGCAAAGCUACAAGAGUUUUUUGAUAAAAAACAGAGAAUCAAGGAAAAAGAAAUGGAAGUUUCAAAAAAAGCUCAACAGCGUCUUAAUGCACAAAAAGCUGUAUUGCAGCAGAUAAAUGAAGAACGUAUCGAGUUUAGAGAAAAUCAAAGAAUUCAGAGAUUAGAGGACAAAAAAAUGUCUGCCUUGCAAGUAAAGGCCAGACAGGAUGCGUUGGAACGACAACUGGAUCGAUUGCGUGCAACUGUUGCUGUAGAUAUCCAAAGUGAUUGGAAUAGAAUCAUGGGUGAUACCAUUGCAUUUGCCGAAUCAAAAAAAGAUUUGAAGCAGCCAGAAUGGUUCAAGAACAACAGCUUUACUAUUGAUCAGAUCAUGAAAGAUAAACGUGCUCAAAUUUCACAAGUGUUGCAUAGCCAGGGACUACUAUCAAGCAAGUAUGCCAGUCAGGUUCUUACUGCUAUACAGCCUAAACACACUCGACCAGACCAAGCCACCACUAUCAAGCUUGGUUAG